UUAGAAAAUCUAGGUUGGUGGGAGGAGCCUUGUCGGAUGGAGUCGGAUGUUGCAGGGGCACGUGGGCCACCGAACAGCAGACCAGCCUAGCGAUCUCCGUUUCUGCUGCCGCUUCGCCUCUUUUCCCUUCAUUCAGACGUUUCUCUGGGCACAGUUUCCUCCAGGUGCCCCUGGCCGACCAUGGGCAAGGCGGCUAAACGGAGGAGAGCCGGCGGCCCGGCCACCGUCGCCAAAGCGCAGGGUCCUCCUGCUGCUGCCGCCGGCUUGGCGCGUAGUAAUCCUUUUGAAGUGAAGAUCAACAAGCAGAAAUUCCACAUCUUGGGUAGGAAGACCAAGCACGAUGUAGGGCUGCCGGGCGUAACGCGCUCCAAGGCCCACAGGAAGCGCACUCAAACUUUGCUAAAAGAAUACAAAGAAAAAGGGAAAACCAAUGUAUUUAAAGAUAAGCGUUUUGGUGAAUAUGAUUCCAAAAUAAGUCCAGAAGAGAAAAUGAUGCAGAGGUUUGCUUUGGAACAAAAGAAAAAUUAUGAAAAGAAAAAUAUCUAUAAUCUUAAUGAAGAGGAAGACUUAACCCAUUAUGGCCAGUCCCUGGCAGACAUUGAGAAACUUAAUGAUAUCAUUGAUAGUGACAGUGACACAGAGGAAAAAGGCAUGCUAUCAGCGGAAUUGACAGCUGCUCACUUUGGAGGUGGUGGACUACUUAGUAAGAAAGUCCCCACAGGUCACCAGAAUGAAGCAGACCAAAAACCUAAGUCACGGAAGGAGCUCAUUGAAGAACUGAUUGCAAAAUCCAAACAGGAAAAGAGAGAGCGCCAAACUCAGAGGGAAAAUAUAUUAGAACUCACUGAAAAACUUAACAGUGAUUGGAAAGAAAUUCAAGGCUUCCUAUCCCACAAAGGCUCCAAGUCAGAGACAAAACAAGUAGAAGAGAAGCCCAAGGCUGAUGAAUAUGAUAUUAUUGUUCGGGAGCUUGGAUUUGAAAUGAAGGCACAACCAUGUGCUAGGAUGAAAACUGAAGAAGAGUUGGCAAAAGAGGAACAUGAGAGACUCCAGAAACUAGAGGCUGACAGAUUACGUCGAAUGCGUGGAGAAGAUGAGCCUGAGAUCAAAAAGAAACCCAAGCAUAUAUCAGCUGAUGAUCUGGCUGAUGGGUUCAUCCUGGAUAAAGAUGACCGACGUUUGCUUUCUUACAAGGAUGGAAAACUGAACAUUGAAGAUAAUGAAGAUGAGGAGAAUGAAAAUCUAAAGAGAAAAGAGGGUGAUGGCGAAGAAGAAGGAAACGAAGAAGAGUCUGAUAGCGAAGAUGAUGCUGUUGACAGUCACUCUGAUCUUGAAUCUGAGGAGGACUGUGAGGAGGAAGCCAGUGCAAGUGAAGAACAGAAAAAGAGAAGGAAAGGAGACAAAAAUGAAUUGCAAAUUAAAGAACAUAAUGCCAAGAACGAAACUGCCAAAUCAGAGUUGCCAUUUACUUUUGCUGCUCCAGAAUCUUAUGAACAACUUAAAGCUUUAUUGUUGGAAAGAACAAUAGAAGAGCAGCUGCUGGUGAUAGAGAGGAUUCAGAAGUCAAAUCAUGCAAGCCUUGCUGUGGGAAACAAAGCAAAACUAGAAAAACUGUUUGGAUUCAUACUAGAAUAUGUUGGUGAACUGGCAACUAAGGAGCCACCAGAACUAAAAACAAUUGACAAGUUGAUCCCGACCUUAUAUGAUCUUUGCCAGAUGUUUUCUGAAGCUGCAAGUCGUCAUGUUAAACAUGUCCUUCAAGAUGCUACUCAUGACAUGGAGGAAGUUCUAGAAGUGAAAGGUCAUGCGGCGUUUCCAGGAUUAGACAUGCUUGUAUAUUUGAAAAUAAUUGCAGUACUUUUCCCAACUUCUGAUUUCUGGCAUCCAGUGGUAACACCAUCAUUGACGUAUAUGAGCCAGCUGCUUACAAAGUGCCCAGUAACAACAUUACAAGACGUUGUUAAAGGACUGUUUGUUUGUUGUCUGUUCCUGGAAUAUGUGUCCUUGUCUCAAAGAUUCAUCCCAGAACUUGUAAAUUUUCUCCUGGGAAUUCUUCACAUGGCUGUACCCAAGAGAGGAGUCCAAGGCUAUACUCUGGUGCAUCCUUUUAAGUCACUAGGAAAAAAUUCAGACUUACUUGUGGUUUGUGAAAAGGUGGAUGCAGAGAGCUGGCAAAAGCAAAAUCUUCCACUCCAUAUUAUAACUAGAUCAAAAGAAAAUGAGAGGACAGAAAUGAAUCAUAUUAGGUUAUCAUGCCUAGCUGUGUGCUUAGAUCUUGUUAAGAAAUGUGCAGUUUUUUAUGGACCACUUCCAUCCUUCUGUGAAAUAAUGCAGCCCAUCCAUAUACUUCUUAGUAAACACAUGCCAGUGAACGAGUAUCCUAUACAACUGCAGGAGCUGCAUGGCAGUGUUCUGAAACAGCUGGAGAUACAAGGCCAACAUUAUCAUCCACUGGUGUGUGAAAAGAAAAAAGUGGUACCAUUGAAACUGUUCACACCUAAAAUAGUGAAAGUUCUCGAAUUUGGGAGAAAACAAGAAAGCAAUAAGAGAGAGCAGGAACGAAAGCGCUUGAUUUAUAAACACAAACGGGAAUUUAAAGGAGCUGUUCGUGAGAUCCGGAAAGAUAACCAGUUUCUUGCUAGAAUACAGCUUGCAGAAACCAUGGAAAGGGAUUCUGAAAGAAAAAGAAAAGUGAAGCAACUCUUCAGGAGUCUUGCUGACCAGGAAGGAGCCUGGAAAGCAAUGAAGAGAAAGAAGCUUUAAAUAGUUAAUAUAUUGUACAGAAAUGCCCCAUUUCUUUUAUUGGUUUGUUUAUAUCUUUAGCAUAGCCUAGAAAACAGUAAUAUUUUUAUAAUGUUGCAUAGAUCUUACACAUUGAUACAAUCCAAGUAGGAAAGCAGACAAAGAGAGACAAAAAGGUACUUAAGUGAAAAAUCAUUCUGAAUAAAAUCUACAUUUACAUUUGAUAUACUUUCUUGAAAGAAUAGUGUGAUGUCUGACAUUAAAUUACAUUAUACACUAA